CUCACACAUUUUACAUAUUCCUCAAACUUCAUUAAGAAAAUGGUUGCUCUUAGUUUACAAAAGGGUCUGCUAACUCUCGUUAUAGUUGGAAUCCUAGCAGUAAAUGUGAAGGGUGCUUGUAAUUGUGCUGCAAACGAAUGUUGCAGCAAAUUUGACUUUUGUGGCACUACUGCUGAACACUGUGGCGAGGGGUGCAAAUCAGGACCUUGUACCACAACUACUACUAAUGAUGUUUCAGUCCCUGAUAUUGUGACAGAAGGCUUUUUCAAUGGGAUACUUAACCAGGCCCAAGGAGAUUGUCCUGGAAAGAGCUUCUACACAAGAGCAGCAUUUCUUGAUGCUCUUAAUUCUUAUAAUCAGUUUGCCAAGUCUGGUUCUAGUGAUGAUGGUAAACGUGAGAUUGCAGCUUUCUUUGCCCAUGCCACACAUGAGACUGGAAGUUUAUGCUAUAUAGAAGAAAGAGAUGUUCCAACCACGGAAAACUACUGUGACACAACCAAGACUCAAUAUCCAUGCAAUCCUAGCAAACGUUACUUUGGCCGUGGACCACUUCAACUAACCUGGAAUUACAAUUAUGGAGCAGCUGGAAAUGAAAAUCAGUUUGAUGGGCUAGGCUCUCCUGAAACUGUUGCCAAUGAUGCGAAUAUCUCAUUUAAGACUGCCUUAUGGUAUUGGAUGACCAAUGUUCACCAAUCUGUAAGCCAAGGUUUUGGAGCAACAAUUCGAGCUAUUAAUGGUCCUGUUGAAUGUGAUGGUAAAGAACCUGGUAAAGUUCAGUCUCGAAUCCAGUAUUACCAACAGUACUGUACUCAAUUUGGUGUUGCACCUGGUGAUAAUCUUUCUUGCUAGGAUAUUUUUACAAACACUUUUUAUUUUCACCAUGUUACAAUUCUUUUCUUUAAUUGUAACUGAAUAUUAGAUCUUAUGUAUUAAAUAAAUGAAAAUGAUAAAGAGUUAGUUGGGUGCCAACUCUCUUAGAUAAUAAAAUUUUUUGUUCUCACAUGAGAACUUUGAA